AUCUCACCAGAACAUUCAUCAUUGGUGUUUGGGUCACACUGACCAUCAAAUCACCAUGAAGAUUGAAGUUGUGGCCGUGUUGCUGUUGGUCUUUACGAUCAAGACUCACGCAGAAGAUGCCUCCAAUAAUGAAAACAAUGAGAAGAAAGGGCAGUGCCCAAUGGAUUUCAUAAGGAGCCACCCAGAAACCAUGGAAAAGGUUAAACAGCAUUUGAUGAAACAUGGUCACAAAUGUGAAUCUGGGGAAGGUGGAGAAGGGUGCUCUAAGAAAGGGAACCACGGAGAAAAAGAGCAACAUGGACAUAAAGAAGACCAUGGACCAAAAGGGAAACAUGAUUGGAAAGGUCAUUCCAGGCGCUUUCCCAACUUCACCAGUCUGCAAACCUGUGCCACCGAUGGAGAAUGUACCAAUAACACAAUAUGCUGUGAAACACCGUGUGGAAUGAAGUGUGUGAAAGCUGUAUCCUCUGAAAAAGACCUAAAGUGGCUUCAUCAUCAUGAAGAAUCCAAACGUGAUAAACGUGAAUCUGAAAAAGGAAAUGCAGAUGUAAAGGCAGAAGAAGGACAAAUAAAUGUGGAGGGGGAUUUACAAGGCAAAGAGAAUGAGAAAGGGGCAGAUUCUGAGUCUAAUAAGAAAGAUGGAGGUCAAGAAAAUGGCCAGAAGGAGGGUGAAGAGCAUGGCAAGAGCCAAGGGGAAGGGAAAAAGCAUAGAAAGGGGAGAAAACACAAGAAAGGAAGAGGAGAGGGUGAAGAGAAUGGGAAUGAAGAACAAGGAGAAGGGAAGAAACAUAGUAAGGGUAAAAAUCACAAGAAAGGACACGGGGAAGAGGAAGAGAAUGGAGAGCAAGGAAAAGGAGAGAGGAAGAGACAUGGGAAGGGUAAAAAACACAAGAAAGGACAUGGGAAAAGUGAUGAGAAUGGGAAUGGAGAGCAGGGAGACGGAGAAGGGAAAAAACUUGAGAAGGGUAAAAAACACAAAAGAGGCCUUGGGAAAGAGGAAGAGAAUGGGAAUGGAGAGCAGGGAGUAGGAGAAGGGAAGAGACAUGGGAAGGGUAAAAAUCACAAGAAAGGGCAUGGGGAAGAGGAAGAAAAUGGAGAGCAAGGAAAAGGUGAGGGGAAGAGACAUGGGAAAGGUAAAAAACACCAGAAAGGACAUGGGGAUGGUGAAAAGAAAGGGAAUGGAGAGCAAGGAGAAGGAGAAGGGAAGAGACAUGGGAAAGGUAAAAAACAUGGGAAGGGACAUGGAAAAGGAGGAGAGAAUGGGAAUAAACAGCAGGAAGAGCCAAUAAAGACAGAAGCUAAGGAAAAUGCCACACCUACUGGAGGAGAAGAACAAGUAAGGCAAAAAAGAUCAUAUGUAAGACAUUACCCAAAAGGUCAUCGCUGGCAUCCCUAGGGAAACAAACCACAUUGAUACAAGAACACAAUAAAUCAAUGACAGAGGAAAAUCAGUAGGCCCUCCCUAAAUCUCCCUUCAGUCUGAACAUAAUCACAGAGACACAGUUUCUGCCAACAUGAAAAAAAUUAUGAUUAAU